ACGUACCUUUAGUAUAAUGUUUACUCCGACGGUUAACGGUUGUGUCGACUUUUACAACUUCAUACCUGAUUCAAUUUAUCCGUCAAUGAACUUGUGCUUGAAAACACUGGCGCCGGUUUCGAAUUCAAAAUGUAUUCGCAGUCUCGAGACACGUUAGAUGAUGAAUUUGGGAGGCCAGUCGAAUCUAUUAUGCGAUGUGAGGAUUUUAAAAGCAAUUUUGCGAGGAGACUUUCCAACAGAUAUAUCUCUAAAUCCCCGGUAUCUGGUCCCAGGCAGGAUAAUGUUUUGAAAUUGCGGCCAACAGCUGACAAACAAGAAAUGCUGAAUAAUGUUCCAGAAAGAAUUGAGCAGUGCCCUCAACUUUCGAAGAAUGAUAAUUUAGAGCAGAAUGAAGAAGUUUUGAAACCACCAGAUACGGCAGUGAAGAACAACGCUGACAUACGCCAUACUGAAGUAAAUGCGCUAAAGAUGGAAGUGGAGACUUUGCGAUGGCAGUUGUCACAGACAGAGGCCAACAGGCAGAUGCACAUAGCUUUACUUCAGCAAAUAGUAACUUUUUUGAAUAGAGUCAAAGAGCACAUAGAAAACCAGAAAACCGAUACAGCAGUGCCACUAGAUACUAUGCCACCGGAAGUGUUCCCAAAGUCUUUAAAUAUUACUGACUUGCCCCGAUCCCGAUCGGUUUUUCAUGUCAGCAGAAAUCUUGAUUACUCUCUGAGUCCUACUAAGAAAAUUAGUACAAGGAAAAUCAGCAAAUCGAUUAGUAAUGUUAACGGAUAUAAAGAUUGCAGCAGUUUUUGGAGUCAGUCAAAACUGUCUUUAGUAUCCGAGAAUGAAACUGGCCAAAAGUUAACAGAGGAGAUGUCGAGACUUAUAACUCUUGCCAAUACUGUACUUAGCACCAAACUUCCAGAUCUCACAUGUUCCUGUGUUGGUGGACGAAUGGAAUCAACCUCACCACUAGUUGAAGCGAAAAACGAUCAAACAAGUGCGCAAAUUGUGUCCAAAUCGUUGGAUUUAAUUGAAGAAAAUGUAACUGAUACUAUUGUAUUGGACACAAAUUGCAAAAAUGAAAUUUACAAUGGCAUAACAAACGGACUCGAAGACGUAAACAAUAGAAUUUUGAGUGAAUUUAUUGUAUCGCAAGCUCCGCUUGGUUGCGGUUUGGAAAAUGAAUUUUCUGGUAUAAAGUUAUAUGACCAAGAGCAUCCUAGUUCGGAAAACGGGUUCGUCGAAUCGUGUGAAAAAGUGGUACAGAAACUUGACAAAAGAAAUGAAUACAAUGUGUCAACUCAUUUUAUAGAAGAUGAAAGUGGAUUUUCAUCGAUGAGUUCAUUUCAGGAGAUUGGCAUACCUAUCAUAAGCAUAAUACCACCGUCACCGUGUAAGGAAGUACAAAAUUUUGAAGAAAUUUCUAACGAAACUGAGAAGUGGCAAGCGGACGCCAUUGAACUGGAUAAGCAAAGUGUCAAAGUGUUUUGGGUUUGAUUUCCUAACGUUGUAUUGCAUAAUAUGCGAUUGUUUUAGAAAUCAAUUGCGAUAAGUGCCGAUAUAUUAGCGAUAUAUUGUUUUUAGCCAUUAUGUUGUCAUUAGUUAAUUAUUAAGUCGAUUAGCAUGUUAACUUUCCACUGCCGUUCAUAUUUAUAAAUAAAGUAAAAAAUUGA